AUGGCCACCAGCCGCAAAUUAAAGAGUCAUGGCAUGAAGAAGGGCAAGAACCGAGGUCCUCACAAGGGAGUCAAGAGAGGUGGCAGCAAAAGAAAAUACCAGAAGGGCAGUCUGAAGAGUAGAAAACGGUGCAAUGACGCCAAUCGCAAUUCCCGCUCCCACUUGUGA